GUCGACGGCCUUCUGCUCUGUUGAAGAUGAUAAAGCCACUCUCUCUCACCGCUCCUUUUAAUCUCUACCCUGUCGAAGCUCACGCAUCCUGUCCUCUCGUUUCUCCACCAUGCUUUCUUUGCAGCAAGACUUGCCUGAGUUCAGAACAUGGAAUGAAGAAACCAAUGGUGGCCAUGGCCGUUUCUGCGACUCCGAUGGCCAUGGAGUAGACCAAUGGAUGGUGAGUUCAGAGUGGAAGAAGAAAGCAACCUUCCCAACAGAUCCAGCCGAUCAUUGCCAUGGUGAUGAUGAUGAUGACAAGAACGCUUCUUUGGGCUCGGAAGAGCAUGUGCACGACGUCGAGGACGCGCCGGUGGCAGCUUAUGAGCUCUCGCUCAGGGAUCUGGUGAAGCUACCUGGAAUCGUGACCGCCAUGCAGGAGAACCAAACCGAUGGCGUAGAAUUCUCGCAGCAGGAAUCAAGAAGUUGGGAGGAGAGAAGGAAGACGGACCAAGCGACGAAAGGAGCUUGGAGGAAGAGCCGCAGCGUCGACAAUGGAGCAGUCCUUCUAAAGAUGUUCUUCCCAGUAUCCCUGGGCGGAAGGAGGAGGUCUGGAAUCACCGGAUCUGCUUCCAGGACAAUGCCAAAGCCUUCAUCAACAAAGGGAGACGAUGGCGAACACUGUAAGAACAGUAGUUCGGGCAACACAAGCAGGAGAAAGGGAGGCUGUUCCUUCUUCUUUCAGUCGAGCAGAAGUAAAUCCAGGAAGAAUGGAGGAUGCAACUGUUGAAGGAAUGCUAAAUACUUUUGUGUCCCUUGCUUUGAAGUCCCCCUUUUAUUAGCUUUCCACCCUUUAUGUGGUAAAAUUCUUUGCUCGUUGACUCUCAAAGUCAAUCAUGAGCUUGAGUCCACUCUUAUUUUGACCAUCCACAUGAAGAGUGGGCGGGGAGUCCAAUCAUCAAGAUGCGUGCUUUUGAUCCGAUUCAUGUAAUUGCUCAUAUUUUUAAGGGAACCCGAGCGACACAUACCCUUUUCGUACC